CAAAAAACAAUUCAAGAACAGGAUCAAGCCUUGAUCAUCGGAGGCUAGAAGAAGGAAGAAGAUAAUGGAGGUGUGGGACGAGGAUGAUUUUCAUCUGCAGAAUCCUGCAGGUGAGAUUCCUGAGGUUGCAUACUGGUCAGGAGAGUCUGGACUGUCGCUGCCUGCGCCAGCGCCAUUCAGAGACGACAAUAUUUCUGAUCAUGUAGAAACUCGUUUGCAAUUAGGUAUCAGCGAAUACUCAAGGAUCAGACUGCUGAAGGAACUCGACGCAACAAAGAAAGAUCCUCUGAGUCAUUGCAGUUGUGGGCCUGUGGGCAAUGACAUCUUUGAGUGGCAAGGAGUGAUCAUGGGGCCAGAGUGUACACCCUAUGAGGGAGGAUUAUUCUUUUUAUCCAUCCAUAUCCCUGAGGAUUACCCCAACAGUCCUCCAGAGAUCAAAUUCAAAACUAAGGUCAUUCAUCCAAAUAUCGAUGAGGAUGGCACCAUCCAUCUAGACAUACUGUGGGACAGAUGGACUCCUGUACUGACUAUUGAGUGGGUGUUACUGUCAAUAUGCUCACUUCUUGCUGAUCCAAAUGCAGACAUUUCUUUCAAUCCAAUUGCUAUUCUAUACAGAAAUAAUAGGGAAGAAUAUAACAAGAAAACAAAGGAGUGGACUCGGAAGUACGCUAUGUGCUGAGUGAAUUGCAUCUUACUGAACAUUUUGUACAGAACAUUUUACAUGCAUAUAUAGCAUAUAUAAACAAUUGAAAAUUACUUUAUAUAGGCUUCAGAGACUAGGACUGAUGGACUACCUUACCCAUAACCCUUUGGAUAUACAUACAGUUCAGUGAUGUAUGUGAAAAUAUACAAUGGAAGGCCUCUCUUAUAAGAAAAAUAGGCAG